AGUUUCCCUGACAGGACAGGUUAGCUGGCCCAUCGGCAGGAGCUGGGUUGCAGGGUUGGCGGAAGUGCCGCGUAUCACCGGUGCCAUCCUCACCAGUCAGACAUGGAGCGGGUCGGGAUGCAGCUGCCGCAGGGCCCGGGCACUCUGUGCUUCGAUAAAAACGAGUUUAUGAAGGUUCGAGCAAUAUGUCAUACAUAGUUACAGUCUAUUCUAUGCUGCCAUUGUAGGGGGGUUGACAGACCCCAUACUUCAUACACAGCACAUUGUUUAUAUAUAUAUGUCAGUAUUGUUACAUGAUUGGCUGAAAUAUAUAUAUGUAUGUAUAAAGCCCUGGUGUCCAGUAUACAGGUGGUCUUGAGAGCAUUAAAGUGGUAUAGAGAGGUACCUUCUGUUUGAAGUUAUAACUUAUUACCAUUGUACAUUUAUUAUUCUUAUAGUGUAAUAUCUGUGUAUAUUAUCAAUAAGUUAAAGCUAUUUUACACUGGAAUACAUACAGUAUUGGCCAGGUUAUGGUGUAGAGUGACCCACUCUGGCUCUUAUAACAAAUCUGUUCGUACUUUAUAACAUAACGCACAUAUUUAUUAUAAUGACCUCAUACAUUCUUCAGAAUUAAAGCUCCCACUACAUCUGGAUAGAAUGAAGUGGAAUGACAACAGUUUAAAGUACAGAAAAUGAGGAAUGAAUGUUGUGUGUCAAAUAUUUUUAUAUAUUGAGGAAAUUACCAAUUACUUUGGUUGACAGUGAUAGGUUGAGAGCAUUGCUGGCUAGUUAGCCCAGUAAUCUCAAAAUAUCAUUCCCAUUUAUAUAAUUGUAUCAAUUAUAACUCUGCUGCGCACUUCUAGUGACAGGCCACUGUGUUGUAGUAUAUAAGUACUGGAAGAGUCAGAUCCAUUUCGGUUAUACAGCAAUGGCUGCAAUGAUUUAGCACUACUGAAUUAGUUAACACCCCAGCCACCUGGAAUUCUCCAUUCAAUAGAUACUCACACUGUGCAAGAACUUGAUGGGAUAAAGAGGAAGUGAAAUGUUCUUAUCAGGGUUACUUUCAUUCACUAAAGUGAGAAUUCAAAGUACUAGGGUACUCCUGGCACCUUAACCUUUAUAGAUUGUUUAUUGUGCUUUGAGAUUUCCAUUAAAGGAGCAUCAUUGUACAGUGAGGGGCUUCUCCUCUUAUGAUACGAGGAGUACCUAUGGCCCCAUACCCUGGUAUUGGGGCAAACAGUUUUGCAAAGGUUUGCCCUUUUACCUGGGUCCCUGUUCCAAGGCUCCUGGCAGGUCUGGGGACUUGUAUCCAGCCUCUGCAGAGCUGCGGAAGUCAUGUUCUGAUGCUGUCGCCAUCCUUUGACUGAGCUGUACUCCCUCGACCAAUGAUUGCAAUAUGAGUGCAUUGACAUGCGCACAGAAUUGACAGUAGAUAACCCGGAUCUCUUGUUCGGGGGCUGGCUAAUGACUCUCCAAUUACGCAGCCUUGGUGGAGUUAUACCAUUCUGUGGCAAGGGUGUUAAACUCCAAAUCAUUGAAGUGGCCAUGGUACUUGGAAUCCUUUAAUGCAUUCUAUAUAUAAUAUAUUAAAAUGUGGAUCAAUUUCUUCCUAUUGUGUUAUUUUAACACACAAUAAUUUUUCAUAUCUCUGGCUAAGUGAGGAUGAUAUAAAUGAAAUAUAGAAUCACAUGUUUCUAGAUAUUAAUUUCUGUAAAGGUUGUGAUCUUAAUGAGCAACUCAAUGAUUCUUAGAUAUAAUGUAGCAUAUAGAAAUGCUCAUGUUGGUGCUUUAUUCUCCAAUAGGAUGGGUUUGACGUUGACACCUUUAUGUCAGAAUGCCGAAAACGUGUGCAGCUGGAAGACCUCAGAGACGAUCUGGAACUUUAUUACCGGCUUCUAAAGACUGCCAUGGUAGAACUAAUUAACAAGGACUAUGCAGACUUUGUGAAUCUGUCCACAAACUUGGUAUGUAAACCAUUAUUUGUUAUUUAAUGUUUGAAUAUAUGGUUGCAUUAUCCUUAUGACCUAAUUAUUAAUUUAAUGCAGUAUUGAAGUACAUUCUAAGCAACACAACCACUACAGUACAGUGUAUAGGCUAUGUUGCAUUGAGUGUCUUGGUACCAACCUCCAGUUUUAUAUUAAACUAUUUAGAUGUGGAUUAACACAAAUUGGGAUUUUCUAAGAAACCACAAUUUUACAUUUGUCAGAUAACACACCUUAUGGUGGCUGGUAGACUGUCAACUGCUAUAGGCAAUUCUUCCUUCGAAAGUUGACGGUCUUCACAUUCAUCAUCAGCAUGUACACUUAAAUGACAAUGAAUGCGGCUAGGAGGUGUGUAAUCUCUGCUUUAACCAUACCUCCAGUUGGGGCAGAGCUAUGUGAAAGAGAGAAUCUCAUUCAGUGUUAAACUGCUCGAAAAUGAUUCAACUUGGAUGGACAGAGUCAGGGAGUCCAGGUAAUAUAACCAAUUCAGUGAAAUUAAAUGGUUAUAGUGAUUACAUUGUUCCUUUAAUUACAAUAAUAUAUGCUAUUAUAAUUACCAAUGAAUUCAAAUCCAGUGACCUAGCUUCAAAUGUUGCCUAAAUUAAAAAUGACACUUUAAUUACAAUUCUUAAAUGUCAUCAGUCAGUAAAGAAAGAAAAACAGAAAUGUGUAGAAAUAAAUGAGCCGUGUAACACUAUAUAAUAAAUGGAAUGGGGGGGGUAGUCCUCUCUAAAUAUAGAAAUGAGUGAAAGGUUGAUACAAUUUGAAUAUAACUACUCCCAGGUUAAGUGUUUAGCCAUUAAGGAAACAAUAAGCUAUAGAUUGAGACAAUGUAACCAAAGUAUCAAGAUUUUAAGCUUUGUGUCUUGAAAUUUGACAUAGUAUCUAGUUACUGAGGACUCUCCAAUAAAGUUGUUGCAGCUGCUGCACAGCAAGAAAUUACAGUGGAACUUUGGAACUCGAACAGCCCUUUACCCGAACAAUUCGGUAGUCAAGAAAAAAAUGUCUCUGUACCUGAAAUCUCAGUUUCUCACUUAAGGAUUAAUUUAAAUAGAAUAUAGCUACUACAAUGGUACCAAUAUUUAGCCAUAAAUUUAGAUUUUAUAUCUGUUAGAAUAUAAAACAAUAACAAUAUCUGGAUGAAAUUCCAGUAACAAAGUGUAAAACAUUGUGUCUAUAAAGGUGUGACACAAUAUCUAGCUGAAGUUAGAAAUUUAGUAACUAAAUCUACUUGUAAAAAAGAGAGAAAUUCCAGACACUAGUAAAUGAGAGAUGGUGAAUGGAAGAGUAAGGAAGGAAAAGCUGGGAAUAGAAGGAGAUUAGUCCUAAUUUAUACAAUCUCAGUCCCUUACUAGUGCCUAGUAAACAUCUUAAUAAUAGAACUAAAUCUUUCCACAUGAACCCUGUCCUCCCCCUUUCUAAUACGUCAAAACCUUAACAUAUUUCCAAAAAAACAAAAGUGAAAUUAAGUUCAACUCACGUUUUGGCGUAUUCCAACGCCUUCCUUGGGAACGAAGAGUAUUGUUAAUAGCGCCUCAUGCUGUUCCUUUUUUUACAGGGGUAACUCUAUCCCUACUAGCCAAGAUGCAAUCCUUGAGGCAGAUUUCCAGACAGAUAAAAAUAAAAGAGAAAUGUAUAGCAAUUCUGUAGCCCCGUCAUAUAUAAAUCAUUGUUGGUAUAAUAUCCUAGAGCAGUUGUAUCUUACUCAAUUAUCCUAUUUAGCAAACUGUCAUAAUCACAUGAGCACCUGGCCAAAACGGCAUAAAAAAGGCUUUGCUGUAUUAACGGAUUCUUGCUGGAUAUAAUAAUCUGAAUAUCUAAAAAUGGCCAAACAUUGUGGUUGUGUUUCCUUAUAAUGCAGAUUUUUGAUUGCGAUAACCCUUUAAUCAAAGCAAAUGGGAAGAUGAAAUGCAUUUUCAGGCUGGUUAAAUGAAUGUUUAAACAAUGAACAAAUUAGUGAGACCUUAACAUUUCUUGGGAUAAUGUAAGCUGGUUAGGAUAAUGUACUUGCUGCUCCUUGCUUACAGGAUGUUUACUUUACAACAAAAUCAAUAAAGGAGUGGCACAACUUAAAUAUGCCACUUAAACUCAUCUAUUAUCUAGAUCUAGUUUUUCUCUAAUUCAGGACACAGGAGUAAAAGUGAAAAGGGAAAACCUGGUGUUCACACACAAUAACUGAUUAUAAUAAGAUGAUCACAGUUUGCUCUUUAAGUUUCUAAGUGACACAAUGUUCAUUAAAUAUAGUUUUUAAAGGACAGAUGGGGCUUAAUUUUCAUUCACUAUACAUAUAAUUAAAAAUAGGGUAUAUGGGUAGGUGUGACAAAUGCUUCUUCCCACGAACAUUUGCCACAAUGUAAAAUUUUUAAUGUUAAUGUGAUUAACAAGUGGUUUAAAUAAACCCUCAUAGUUUUACAUCUUGCAUGCACUUCUAAAAUAACUUGGGGUGGAAAGUCUGUUUAUGUAAUUUAUUUAGGUUUUGUUUCUUUUUUUACCUAGUUGUGACUGCCUUUUUAAGUGAUCUUUGAACAAAUAUAUGCAUCUAAUCUAUGUUUUUUUUUUUUUUUUGUCUAAUUUAUUUGAUUUAUUGGUGCACAGGUGGGAAUGGAUAAAGCGCUGAGCCAACUGUCAGUACCUCUAGGACAACUAAAAGAAGAAGUACUGGUAUUUUUGACAAUUCUUUUUUUUGUAUUUUCCUUCCUUUUACUAGAGAGUGUAAAUGUGAAUGACCUAUGAGUAAAGGUAGAAGUGCUAAAAAAAAUAACCCAAUAGUCGUUUGCCUCUUUUUGCCAUUUUAUGAAUAAACAUGCUACCCCAUAUGCAGUUACCUGUAGUAAGAAAGCUAAUUUCAUGAAUAGGAACUUGCUUAUCCAACAGUGUACCACUUCUUAAAAUAGAAGUCAAGGGACCAUAAUCCCUACAUGCUGAUAAAGUGGUUACAGGCCUUGUCCCCUGGUUCUUUGUCAAACCUUUUUUGUUUUACGAAACCCAAGGGUCCCACCCAAUCCCUAACUGUUUGAACAGGUCUCUGCCUCCAGAAUCACGGAAAGAGGCUGCGCACUGCCUUGAUCAGGUGAUAGCACCAUUUUCUCUUAUGUUGUGAGUGGGAUAGUGGUGACGUAUAGCAGGUGAACAUCUGGAGAGAAAUUCACUGGAAUGUCUGUGAGAGUAGUUAAGAUCUGGAGUACCUCCCUCUAGAAGGGUUGUUUGAGAGGGCAUGUCCAACAUAGGGGGAACAGAGUGCCCAACUCCCUUGCAAAUUUCCAACACUCAGGGUCACAGUUGGACAUUAUGUUUUGUACCAAUGUGAAAUCAUUUUGUAACUGGAUUCUUGGUAUUUAGUAUUAAUUAAAGAUUUAUGUAUAAGGAGGAAAGUCUCUGUCCUUUGUUCUGGAGAUUGGGAGUGUCCCAGGUCUCUCUCCCGGUAUUUAAUAAAGUAAAAGAACGGCUGUCCCUCAUAUGGGGAGAUCAGGAGUGGACAGAGUUGGGAGAUAUCAUGUGCCAGGGUAUAAGGUUUAGAGCAUAGUUAUUCAUAAGCAGAUAAUUGUCUGUUGACUGUUGCUAGUCCAGGAGUGCGUUUGAGGAACCUGAGCUGUGGGCUUGGGGGACAAGGUGUGAUGAACACUACUAUUUAUGUAGACCUCUAUUACGUGGCAAGGGGACAGUAAUCCCAGCGAGGAUGUGUAUUGAGGAAAGUUUGCAGGGUUAAAGGAUGGGUUACCAAUUAUUAGGUAUAGGGGAGAAACACAUGGAAAGGGGUCCUGGGACCCUGAAAUUCUCCUCCAUAUGGACAAUGUAUUGGGAAUGGUCGAUUAUGAAGGAAGCCACAAAGGGGCACGUAAGAGGGUGUUGGAUAAUCUGGCCUUUAGUUGGAUCACAACUGACACAAUUUGUCAGGAGAAGAGUGGACCCAUUCUAGUACACAUUGUAAGUGGACUGUUUUAUGAUAUUUGGAUAGGUCCGUAAGUACCAAUCCUCCCUGCUGUUUAGGCUUUGUCAGAAUGGCAAAUUUUAAUCAUGCUUCCUGGCAGUGCCAGAUGUACCAUGUGAAUAACUGAUGGACUUGUGUGAAUAAUGUCUGGGAAAUGUGAACUGGGAGAGUCUUACAUAGGUACAAAAAAAGCGUGGUAGUAUGUUUAGUUUAAAGGGACACUAUAGUCACCAGUGCAACUGCAUGUAUUCCUAACCCUAUAGUGUUAACACGACCAUCUAGCCCCCGUGGGCCCCUCAUGCCUCCAUAAAUAUAGUAAAAAUCUUACUGUAUUCAAGCCAGAAGCUGUAAAUCUGCAUGCUGAGACUCAGGAAAAACAAGCAGUCUGCUGACAUGUGAUAGCCCGAUCCAAUCACAGUGCUUCCCCAUAGGAUUAGCUGAGACUGACAAGGAGGCAGAUCAGGGGCAGAGCCAGCAUGAUUCAAACACAGCCUUGGCCAAUCAGCAUCUCCUGAUGAAUUGAAUCAAUGAAUCUCUAUUAGGAAAGUUCAGUGUCUACAUGCAGUGGGAGGAGAUACUGAAUCACAGGAUGCUCGUGCACAGCAGAUCUGAGUGGAUAGAGGCAUAUUAUGCCUCCAUGAACUCAGAAGUCCCUCUGGUUCACUCUGAGUGACUGCAACUGGAGGUGUUCCUAGCUUUCAAUGUAAACACUGUAUUUUCUCAGAAAAUACAGUGUUUACAUGAGAGAGGCUGCAGGGAGCUAUAGUUCUCACCUGAACAACCUCAUUAAGCUGAAGUUGUUCAGGUGACUAUAGUGUCCCUUUAAUAACAUAUUUUGCCAAGCCACGUCAUGUGGGGGAGUAACCGUGAGUGCAGGACCUGUAUCACGUUGUCGAACAGGGGUGGGACGUUAAAUCAGAACAUGUUGUGCUUGUCUCACCGUGGCCACCAAAUAUCUGCUGGCUGAAAUCAUCAAUACAGAUCAUUUCAGCCAAUCAAAUGCUUCCCCAUAGGGCAGCAGUAGGGACCAGUGAGCAGCAACCAAUCAGCAUCUUUUUUUAUAGAGCAUUUAGUGUCUCUUUAAACAGAGCCAUGAAAGUGGCUUCCUAUUUGUUCCUACCAUAAAAUGUUGGAAAUGUGUCCGGUUUUUGCUUUUAGUUUAAAUAUUUAUGUAGAGAUGUUCUUUUUGCACAAACUAUGCAUCUAUUAUUAUGCAAAAUCUGGAAGAUUUGUGAAGUGAUGUGUCAGAUGCAUGUCUGUGGUUUUAGUGACUAAAAUGUCCAUUACACAUUACAGUGUAUAUAAAGCAUAUCAUUAUCUUCAAAUGAACUUUUGAUUAACAGUACUCCAGAUGUAAUUCAUAAUUGCCCAUUGCACUAAUUGUAUCUCUUUUUUUGUGUUUUAGAGUUUAAAGACAUCUGUAAGUGAUGUUAUCCAAGCAGUGGAGGGGCGUUUGGCUAAACAAGAUGAUAUUCGGAAAAAGAAGGUAUAGCUUUGUUCUUAGUAAAGUAACCUUAUUAUUUUUUUCAUGUACAUUAAGCAAAUAGAAAAGCCCAGUUUAGUAAAAGAAAAAAAACCCUCUUUAUUUACAAAAGGAUCAGUGUAAAUGCCGUUUAUAUUAUAAUUAUGGUAUUUACAAACAAGACUGAAAAUUUCACCCACCUAGCCCAGGCAAGGAAACUGAGAAAUAUCCACUUAUCGAAAAACAGAUGGAUGAGGCUCUGGGGUACAACCUUACACAACUGUGCUUUAUGCACUGAGAGUCCUACAACAUCAAGUCCUUGCCACCACACUAGUCUGCUUUAUGUGUGAUCCAGUCAAGAAGUAGGGCAACACAAUAUUUAGGCAGAAGUGAACCAACAAACAGAAGCCUCAAGGUUUUGUCAUUGGUGCACAAGUGACUAAGUGAACUAUGUACACAUGGGUUUAAAAUAAAAAUACGUUUGUUGCCCCAUUACAUCACAAAUGUUUUCUGUACAUUAAUUGCCAAGCAUUUCUGUGCUUUCCACUAUUAUGACUACACCUUUGUUGAAAUAUAUUAACGUACAUAAGACAGAACCUCUAACUAGCCAACUCAAAUGCCUAGACAGUGUAGUUUUAAGGGCUCUCUGUGGAAGAACACAUUUUCCUCGCCUUUUCAGAAAUAAGGUGAAUUAGCAAAGUUAAAAGAACACUGUAAUGCUUUAAGUAAGUAUAUUUUUUUAUAAUACUAGACUGUUCCUUUCCACAGUUAUUUAGGGCCCACUUUGGAAACCUAAAAAAGGAUAACUUGCCUUUUAUUCAGUGCCAUCCCUUUUAAUGUGCAGCAGCCUGCAGUGAGAUCAUCAUUCUAACCGUCUCUUGUUCAAUCCAGUAUUUCUUAUAGAGAAGCAUUUGAGACCUACAGCACAUGCGCAUUAAAUUCCUUGAUCUGCCAAUCAGGUCCUUUUAAUAGAGAAACAUUAGCCCAAUGAUUCUCUAUAUCAGAAGAACUGUCACCCUUUUAAAUCGAGCUGUCUGUACAGCGUGAAAACUUUCGACUUUCAUCAGGCUGACUACCAGUAGAGACAUGUUCUUUUACAAAUGUACACAAACCAAAAGCACAUGGAGAGACAAAAUAUAUCAGAUAGCUAGGUGCAAACUAUCAAAACACUCCCUCAAAUGUUUCAAAUAUCCAAAUAUCUAUGCAAUAUAGAAUGCACACUAUAACAACUUCAAAUAGUCAAAAGUAUAACUUUAUUAUGUACAAAAGGUACUACAGUGAAAAAUACAAAAAAUAAACACAAUGACAGAAGCAAGGGCAAAUACAAUAAUACAAUAGUAAAAUGCCAAAAAUUCUAACCACCUUCAAGACAGAAACACGAGUUACCAAACCCCCAACGUUUCGGCACCAACCGGCUGUCUUUAUCAAGGGUGAUAAAGGCAGCCGGUUAGUGCCAAAAUGUUGGGGGUUUGGUGACUCGUGUUUCUGUGUAAAUACUGUUUACACAGGGGUGAUAAAGGCAGCCGGUUGGUGCCGAAACGUUAAAGUUAUACUUUUGACUAUUCAAAGUUGUUAUAGUGUGCAUUCUAUAUUGCAUAGACUUUUACAUAUGUAAACAUUUCUGUUUUCCAGAAACAGCAAUGUUUAUAUUUGCCAGACCGCAGGGGCAGGAUGUUUGCACUCUAACUUUUAAGACAAUACAAGCAUCCCAAAUGAUGUACAGUUAAACAAUUUCACACCCAUUUAUGUUGGGAGAAGUGUGUGUUUUCUUUUGGUUUUUGUUGUUGUUUUUUUUUACAACAGAUGUCAUUGCACACCAUGUCCUCUGCGUAUGCAGCCACUUAGAUCAAAUACCCAUGUCUGCAUCCCCUAACAAAGCUUGAUAAAAGUUUAAACAGAAUAUCUGCAUUUAAGUAUAAUGACCACAUACAAUAAAUGCAGUUUCAUAACAUAUUUCUAAAAUGCUAUAGCAAUCUGUUAAUCUCUCGACUUUAAAUGUAAUUUUAACCACGAAAUGUGUCCAUUCACUCCUGCCCCCUCCACAACUGUCUGAAUGAUAUAACCCAUUAAAACAUUUUAGCAGUCGUUAAAUCAGUGACCUGUGACUUUUGGAAGAUAAAUGUGUUCCUCUACAGGCUGGUAUUCAUUGUUAGAGUAUAAAGAGGGUGAGUGAGGCUUUUAUUUACUCCAUUCUGCAAACUACAUGAAAGUAAAUAAAGUUUUAUACUCAAUUUUGGUAGUGAAGUGAUUAACCAGCAGAAGUCUAAAUUGGAGGGACCAUUUUCUAAAAUUAGGAAAUAAUGGCUUUCAGAAAUGGGGAGUGGAAAAAGAAGACAAGUAAUUUCUUUAAAAAGAAAAUGUCUUUAUAUGUGAAAUACAAAAAAAAUAAGGAGACUGUAUAUUGUAACAUAAAUAUUGUAUUUUUCCUUUUUUUUUUUUUUCUUGCUGUGAAUUCAUUAUAAAAUAAAACUUGUUUGAUCGGUUCUUUUCUUGUAUAAGUAAUAAGGUGGUUACAAAAUAUGUCCAGUUUAUAAAGUGGCAGAUCUCAUUUCUAUUUACAGAUGUGUGUUUUAAGGAUGAUUCAGGUUAUUCGUUCAGUUGAGAAGAUUGAAAAAAUUUUGAAUUCUCAGAACAGCAAAGAGAAUGCUUCUGAACUAAACAGGUGGGUAAAGUAACAUUAUGAGUUCUCAGUUGUAAAUAGUUAACAUCAAUGUUCUGUAUGGUAGGCAAAUUGGUUUAUUAGAUCAAGUAGACCACACAAUGAAUAUAGAAACAAAUUGUUGACUUUUUAAAUGGGCUAGAUCUUCUUUAUUUAAAGCAGUGGUAGUCAACCUUUUUCUACCUUCCACCCACUAAUGCAUCUUUCUUGAUGGAAACAUUUCCUUACCGCCAACCAGUUUUUGCGCAAGUGCGGAAUAAUUUUUAGAAAGGAGGGUGUUUAAAAAAAAUGUACGUACAUUUAUCUUUUUAUUUCUACUUAAUGCAUGUUUAUAAUGCUUUUAACUUUAUAAAGUUUAAUGAAAAAACAAUAAAGUAAAUUGAAAUCACCUUUACUAGUGAUUAAUGAGAUCCUUGAGGCUGAUGCUGCGAGACUAAAUAUUUGAUAUCUGGUUUGAUUUUCGUAAGGAACAAACAAAGGUCUCCUCUUUUGGUGAUAUUCAGACGACUUCUCUGUUUGCUCAUAAUAUAAUUUCUCAUCUGUGCAUCAGCUUCCCUCCUCUCCUUCCUCAAUUCCCUCCCCCUUAUUUUUUUCCUUUUUUUUCUAUUUUUUUACCUUCCUUAUAGCAAUGCCCAGCAGGAAGGCUGAGCUAGGUAGCCCACUUACUAUUAUGAGCCAGCAACAGUUCUCUCCUUUUCCUUUUUAUAUUUUUUAUUUUCCUUCUUUCUCCUUUAAAAAAAAAUAAAAUAAUAAUUCUUUGUUUUUGGUGCGUUUCCAGUUUUACACAAUCUCGUCUGGCCACAACAGCCAGGACGGGCACUGUAACAGUAAUGCAGGGUAACAAGGUUAGGUAAUUGAUUAGUAAGCAAGACAUCAUAGUAAACAUUUUGCCUUUCUCCUUUUUUACAAGUACUCUGCUCCUUCUUUCUCCUUUUUACAAGUACUCUGCUCCUUCUUUCUCCUAUUCUACAAGUACUCUGCUCCUUCUUUCUCCUAUUCUACAAAUACUCUACUCCUUUCUUCUUUUUACAAGUCCUCUGCUCCUUCUUUCUUCUUUUUACAAGUCCUCUGCUCCUUCUUUCUCCUAUUCUACAAAUACUCUACUCCUUUCUUCUUUUUACAAGUCCUCUGCUCCUUCUUUCUUCUUUUUACAAGUCCUCUGCUCCUUUUUUCUCCAAUUCUACAAGUACUCUGCUCCUUCUUUCUCCUAUUCUCCAAGUACUCUGCUCCUUCUUUCUCCUAUUCUCCAAGUACUCUGCUCCUUCUUUCUCCUAUUCUCCAAGUAAUCUGCUCCUUCUUUCUCCUAUUCUCCAAGUAAUCUGCUCCUUCUUUCUCCUAUUCUCCAAGUAAUCUGCUCCUUCUUUCUCCUAUUCUCCAAGUAAUCUGCUCCUUCUUUCUCCCUUUUACAAGUACUCUGCUCCUUCUUUCUUCUUUUUACGAGUUCUCUACUCCUUUCUCCCAUUCUACAAAUACUCUGCUCCUUCGUUCUUCUAUUCUACAAGUAAUCUGCUCCUUCUUUCUCCUAUUCUACUAGUAAUCUGCUCCUUCUUUCUCCUAUUCUACAAGUAAUCUGCUCCUUCUUUCUCCUAUUCUACAAGUAAUCUGCUCCUUCUUUCUCCUAUUCUACAAGUACUCUGCUCCUUCUUUCUCCUAUUCUACAAGUACUCUGCUCCUUCUUUCUCCUUUUUGCUUCUGCAUGUCCCUGCUAUCGUGCAUCAGCUCCCACUCCUCCCCUUCCUCUUCCCACGUGUUACACUCGUGUUGGCACGUGCACACGUUCUCUUGUUCCCGUGCACACAUUCUCAUGCUUGCAUGAGUUCGCACGCGUUCUUACUUUCAUUUGUGUUUGUGCACUCGCGCCCGCCCACUCUCUCAAAAGGAGAAUUUAGCAUUAGCUUGUUGUGCCUCCGAAACCCCUACCGCCCACCUGGAAUUCUGAAACGCCCACUAGUGGGCGGUAGGGAACAGGUUGACUACCCAUGAUUUAAAGAGACAUGCAUUACUUGGCAAUGUUUUUUUGUUUUUUUUUAAACCAGCAAGCAAACACUUUUACAUAUAUAGAAACUAAAAUAAAGCAAGAAAAGUUUAACAAGUAUUUAGUACACAAUUAUAAACUCACUAUCCACUUUCCUUUGUCCGACACGGCUCUUAGCUAGGGGAGUUUCUUUAGUCUCUCACCCCUCACCUCUUUCACCAACCCACUAAAGCCCAUGUGAGUUUCAUGAACUAGCACAAGCAAUGCAAAAGAAACUAUGAGUGUUAUUUACUAAAGUGAGAAUUUAAAAUGAAUUUCAAAUUUAAGGUCAAAGUAGCUGUAAAAUAUUCUAUAUUUUGGAAAUGUCUUUUACAUGCAUUUCACACGGAAGUGUGGUUGAUCUUGAGCGACAUGAACAGAUGGCAAUAAGUGUUGUAAGCUCUUCUCUAUUUCUGAGUGCUCAUGGAUGACCUAAUAAGAAAUUGCCUACAAGCAUAUUGUAUCAAUGGCAUUGCCUUUGUAAUUCUUACACAGCCAUUUUGGUGGUGUAUAUAUGUAGAAUGUGUUAUCUGUGUAAAGGGGUGUCUAGGAGAAUGGGACACAAACACAGAGACCCGGAACAACAAGGGAAAGUGUCUUCACACUCUGAAUGUACCUUCAGCUGUUGACCUAUUUAACAUCAAUGACAUUGUAAGUAAUUGCGAAGAAAGAAGAAUAAAUCUUUUAUAAGAAAAGCAAGGAAAAUGAAUACGCUAUAUUUUUAACUGACACAGAAGAACCAUAAUAUGUAUGAUACAAGGCAAGCCACCCAACAAUAAGAAAGAGGAAUCUACAUACAUAUAUAUGAAUAAGUAUCAAGCAGAUUGAUGGAAUAACUUAGUCAUUCAGUAUAUUCAGGUAGUCAGCAACCUGAGAUCAAAGCACUGCCCCCAGAGGCUUGUACAGUAGGUACACAUGGCCUUCUUCCAUUGCUCCAGAGUCCAAUCUUUAUGCUCCCUAGCAAAUUGAAGCCUUUUUUUUUUCCUGAUUAGCCUCCCUGAUUAGUGGUUUUCUUAAGUUUACACAGCUGUUCAGUACCAAUACCUUGAAUUCCCUUCGCAUUGUGCGUGUGGAAAUGUUCCACUUUCACUAUUAAACAUAGCCCUGAGUGCCACUGUUUUUUUUUUUUCUACGAUUUGAUUUCACCAAAUGUUUAAGCGAUCGCUGAUCAUGAUUGUGACAAACGCCCUGUGGUCUGGUCGUUUGCCACAAGCUCCUAGAGGAGUCUGCUUGCCAGCCUCUUGCCUCAGGACUAUGGGCCCUGCAAUAUACCUUGCUCAGUGCACUUUAAAAGGCUUCGUUCAUGUAAUUUUAUGUACUUUUGUACUACAGAAAGAGAGACUGACCGUUAGCCCUAAUUCCCUGUAACUGUUUUGGGCAUAGGACCAUGUGCACUGUCGGUCAAAAUUAUGACUUCCAAGAAAUUCCUGAACCCCUGGACUAGGAGAGGUCUACCCACUGGAAGCUGGAUCCUGGUUUUUGGUCCAGGGUGGGUGGAGGACAGCGAGACCCCAACCAAGCUGCGGCGGUUUUCGGUAGUUAGGGUGUCCGGUGCGGUGCUUAUGGUACUCCAGGACUACUAGGAAGCAGCGAUUGACUGAGGUACCCGGUCAACCACAUUUCUUCCUCGAAAACUAUCCUUCCAGUUUUUAAUAAUGUGUUGGACAGUUCUUAACCCAAUUUUAGUAGUUUCUGCAAUCUCCUUAGAUGUUUACUCUGCUUGAUGCAUGCCAAUGAUUUGACCCUUCUCAAACAGACUAACCUCUUUUCCACGACCAUGGAAUGUUUCUUUCGACAUGGUUGUUUAAGAAAGGAGAAGCUACUCAUUGCAUCAGUUGCAACAUGUUGCCUGUUGGGCAACACGCACAUACAUACACACUGAUGUACAGAUAUACAAUGACACACAGACACAAAUAUUGACCGAUGCGUAUACACAAUCACAGUGUGUGUCUGGCUGUGUGUAUAUGGGACCUGUGUGUGCUUCUCUUGCAUUGUGUAUCUGUGUAUUUGCCAAAGAGUGUGUGUCUGGCAGUGAGCAUCCUUGUGCAUCUGUGACUGUAUUUCUGUAUAUUUGUGAAUCUGUGACUAUCUGGAAUCCAUAUGUUUCUUUAGGUAUAUGUAUUUCUGUGUCUGAGAGUGUUUGUGUGAAGCUGCUUGCAGAGUGUUGUGUGUGUGUUGGGGGCUGCUUGUGGUUUUUAUGUGUGAGUUGUAUUUAUAAUGAGGCUGUUUUGUGUAUGAGGGUAACUGUGGGGGGUGCAUUUGUAUGAGGAUGAGUGUGACAGGGCAAUUAUGUGGGUUGUAGACCCUGAUGCAGGCUGACUGUGGGGAUUUUGAUUCUCAAGCAUCUCUAUGUCAGGUUUAUACAGUUUUUGGACUUUAUUAUUUAUGAUGCCCACACGAAUUUCUAUCAAAUACAUAGUUUCAUUUAAUUGUAAAAUAAAUGUUAUCUAUGCGUGGCUGCACAUGCGAUCACUGUGCGCUAUAUGACUUAUUACAAUCCCUGCUGCCUGAUGACUGUCCAGUUAAUGAGCAGUAGGUUCACUUCCCCUAUGCAAUAUCUUUAAAUGCCAGUGCAUUGGAAAUUUCCUGUUUAUCCCCACAUCCUUCUAUAUUUGUUUCCACCAAAACUUCCCUUCCAUGUAAGUGACCAGGCUCCCCGAUCUUCUGCCAAAUCGUUUUAUAGGCUCACCCAUAGCCUCCUCACUCUGGUUGCAUGACACCACCCAAAUCUACAUGGUCCACUGCAUAGAGGUAGUCAAGUGUUUAUCCAAGUAGGAAGGCUCUACUUGGGAGCCAGGAGUGCAAGCCUUGCAAAGCACCUUUGUAAUUUGCUUAUUCUCGGGGGGCUAUUGUCCAUGGGGACUGCCUGCUGUGCAUUUGUGUGGUUAUGUGUAUUCUUGGCUGGCUCACACUACAUCAUCAUCAGUGGGGUGGGGGGGGGGGAGAAUUACUUUCCCGCUUGCAGAAUGAGACAGUUGUCUCAUUCAAAACUAAAGCUUGUAAAUGAAACAGUUGUCUCAAAGGGAUGCAUGUCACUUUAAGGGACCUACAACCACACAUCUGUAAUAUAUAACUUUGACCCUUUAUAUAACCAAAGUUUAUUAGGUGAACAUCACCAAAUUGACAGUUAAUCCUAAAUGGCCUGACCAUCUUUUUUAUUGAAACCGCCUUUGAUUGCCCAAAUAUCUUAAGUAUAAUAAUAAUAAUAAAAAAUGGCUUUUGAUCCUAUUUCAAUUGUUUGAUAUGUAUUCCUUUUUUUCCGUCUGCAAUAUAUGUGUUUCCUUUACAUAUUUCCCUUUAAACAUUGGAAAAAAACAGUAGUUAUUAAAACUGAACUGUUGUACUGUAAAAUGCAUGAAUAUAACUUCUGCUUUAAAACAGUUUGUUUUUUCACCCUAAAUGAACAUUAAAGGGACACUAUAAUCACCAGAACAACUACAGCUUAUUGAAUUUGUUCUGGUGAGUAGAAUCAUUACCUUCAGGCUUUUUGCUGUAAACAUGGUCUUUUCAGAGAAAAUGCAGUGUUUACAUUACAACCUAGUGAUAACUUCACUGGCCACUCCUCGGAUGGCUGUUAGAGAUCCUUCCUGGGUCAUGGCUGCCUAAAAUGCAUCCAAACAUUCAGUGUCUCCUCCCUCUGCAUGCAGACACUGAACUUUCCUCAUAGAGAUUCAUUGUUUCAAUUCAUCUCUAUGAGGAGAUGCUGAUUGGCCAGGGUUGUGUUUGAAUCAUGCUGGCUCUGCCCCUGAUCUGCCUCUUUGUCAGUCUCAGCCAAUGCUAUGGGGAAACACUGUGAUUGGAUCAGGCUACCACUUCACAAGCUGUCAACAGACUGCUUGUUUUUCUGAGGCAAACAGCAUGCAGAGUUACAGCUUCAGGCUUGAAUACAGUAAGAUUUUGCUAUAUUUAUGGAGGCAUGAGGGGCCCACGGAGGCUAGAUGGUGGUGUUAACACUAUAGGGUCAGGAAUACAUGUUUGUGUUCCUGACCCUAUAGUGAUCCUUUAACACAUAUUUGCUACUAACUUUCCAUCUUUAUAUACUCCAGGGAUGCAUUAUAUAAACGUCAAUAGAGCAAAUUUCAGUAUUUUGAAUUUACUGCUGUUAAGUUUAUCCCUCUAUAUUUGUAUUUAAGCUCACUGCUGACUGGACAGACCCUAGAAAGAAUUGCUACAGAAUUUAACCAGUUACAGUUCCAUGCAGUUCAGAGCAAGGGCAUGCCUCUGUUGGACAAAGUUAGACCUGUAAGUACCAGAUAGCAUGUUGAUAGUAAUAAUGUUAUUGACUGGCAUCAUUCAGCAAUUGGUAUAGUUUUGGUCAACCGACUCAAGUUGGUGGUGGAUCCCAAAAGGUUAUAACUGUACAGUCCAUGGUUGGUUUCCGGUCACUAUUCCUUUUUAUUUACAUCCCAUGCUAUGAUUUAAGAAAGGAAAAAAGUGUUCAUUGGUAAGGGUUCCUACAGAAAUGCAGAGUGAAGUAUGACAAACAAUACCUGACUGUGUUCAUUUGCAAGUCAAGCUGCAAACUCUGGGAUAGUUGUGGAAGCAUGAUUUUCCUAAAGUCAAACUUGAGAUAUGUAGAAAAUGCUGAACAGUAUUUUUUCUAAUUAGUGACACUCAGGUGAGCAGUUUGUUGCUAAGGUCUCUGACACCAAAAGCAUUAAAUACUAGAGUGUCUGUUAGACUCCUUUAUCAUUGGGUCUCCUUCUCCCAUGAAAAAAAAGUUAAUUUACGUCAUAUUUUAUUCAUUUUGUUUUGUAUAACAAAAUCUGCAACAAAAACUGUAUUGUUCUGUAUUAACAUAUGUGACAAAAAUAGGUGUGUGCAUCACAUUUGAAAUAUACUUGGUUUAAACCAGGUAUUGUACAGUUAUAUAUACAAUAGUUUUCAUGACUGCCUAGGGACACCUCCAGUGGCAGUCUGUCAGACAGCCCUGGAGGUGCUUCCUGGGGCAGUGCUGCACAGUCUACAUGCUAAACGUUGCUCUUAGAGAUGCAUUGAUUCUGUGCAUCCGUAUGAGGAGAUGCUGACUGGCCAGGGCGGCGUUUGGCUUUGUCCCCCACCCCGCCUCUUUAGCUAAGAUCAUCAGAAUUCAUGAUCUCAGCGAAUCAUGGAAAUGGAAAUUUUGUGAAAACUACUUAUAGUUUAAGAAUUUUGUGUUUAUGUAGAUAUUAUUCUUGAAUAAAAUGCUGUUUUAAAACACCUGUUAUUUACAAAUCAUUAUGUUUUUUAAUUUUUUUUUUCCUUUUCUCUAAGCGUAUUGGUGGCAUAACAUCGAUGUUACAACAGUCUUUGGAAGGGCUGCUCUUAGAAGGCCUUCAGACGUCCAAUGUGGAUAUAAUUCGUCACUGUUUACGGACUUAUGCUACUAUUGACAAAACCAGAGAUGCCGAAGCAUUAAUUGGCCAGGUGUUAGUGAAACCAUAUGUUGAUGAGGCAAGUUUUAUUUGACAAAUAAUUCUCUUUACCUGUUAAGUUUAUGCAUCUAUGGAAAGUUCCGUACCAAUUUUCUUAAUACUAUGGGAAGAUGCUGACAUUUGCUACAAGAUUUAAGUUGAUUAGUGAGACAUUAAUAAUUUAGCAGAUUUUUGUGCAUUUUUACACUUUUAAGUGUACAUGUCAUGGUUCAAACAAAUUAUAAAGAGGUCAGUUUUUUUAUAUAGAAAAGCAAGUCUUCUGGCUUGACUGGUGGGCUGAUUUUUGUUUAACAUUGUAUUAACUAUCCACAGACUUCAGGUGGAAGGGGUUUUCAAUCACAAUUUUUCCCCACAAUACCUUUUUUGUUUUUUGCUUCGUAUGUAUGUAUGUGUGUAUAUAUAUAUAAAUAUAAAUAAUUUUCUAGCAGAAUUGCUAUAUAUGUAUAGCAUUUUCACUAAAACUAUAUAAAGUUUUACUAUAUACUGUCCAUCUCCUCAUCUGUCAAUCAGUUCUCUGUAUAAUAGUCUAUACCCACAGUUUAUAACUCUAUGCCAACAACUGAUUGCACAAAACGAUCAGGAGAACCCUGGUAUAGGUUGUUCGCUAUCUCUCUCACAGCAUAUACACUGUUGCUGCUGUGAUUAUUUCUUUGGCCAGUAGAGACCUGCAUGUAACCUGCCCAGCAAAAUGAUUGUUUACUACUUUCUCAGGCUGUCUAUGCAUCUUUUGCUCACUAAAACAAUCUGGUGCGCACUAAAUAAGGUCUGUUUGGUAUGUCUGUGGUCUCGGUGUUAGAUGGAAUUCAGUUUGGAAAUCCCUUUGGGGUUAAUUCCCCAUUCAAAGGGGAAAUGUAUGAUGUACAAUUGAGCUAGGGACAUAAUGGGUGGUUGUGUUUAGAUUGAGGAGCAGAACUAGUGAACUUGAGAAGUGGCUAUAUGCAAUACAAUGGGGAGGGCAUAUAAUAUAGUAAAGUGUAGACAGGUGACAUAAAACGUGUGUUUGGGAUGCGUGAUAUGGGAGGGAUGAGCAAGUGAUAUAAGUGUGAAAAAGGAAUAUAAAUGCAUCAACACACAGACACUCUACACAAACUCACACCUGCUUUCACACGUACUGGAAAUUUACACAAAUUCGCCAUUGUGUUCACAUUUGCUGUCAUUGCACGUACCCAAUAACACAAUGCUUUGCUCGCAAUUAAGGUUUUUAAAAGUUGAGCUCUCUUGUUUACAUUCAUGGGAAGUCACGUAAUUUGCGCUGGUAACUUACAUUAAUGAUCAGAUGUAUAAAAAUGCCUAUUGAUUGCAUUUUGAUUGAAGACAAACUUAUUUUUUUUUCCUGGAUUUAUUAAUUUAGAAAAGUGUUAUGCUCAUGUUGCAGGUCAUAGUGGAAAAAUAUGUACAAUCUCAUCCCAAUGGGCUCCAAGUCAUGUAUAACAAACUUCUUGAGUUUGUUCCUCAUCAUUGUCGACUUCUAAAGGAAGUGACAGGAGGUUCCAUAUCAAGGUAACAAUCAGACAGGAUUGCGGCCAACAUUUUCCCAACUUUCCCUUUUUAAUGCCAUUUAUUAAUUGAAGCAUGCAAUGAGUAUUUCCUUUGCACCUCUUUUCUGCUAUGAUAAAAAUGAAAAAGUAAUAACAAAAUAUAGUAAAAUACAGGUGAGGUAAAUACAUGAAAAAUUAUGUCUUAUGUAUUUAUGUAAGUAUUGAUCUGUAAUAUGUGUGCUCAAUUUUAUAUAUAUAUAUAUAUAUAUAUAUAUAUAUAUAUUUAGCAAACAUAAAAUGUGUGUACAUACAUUUAUGCAGGUAUCUGUUUUGAUAGUUUGCAUAACACUAUUCCAGUUUAAGCUUACAUCUCAAGUUGUGUUUUUUAUUGUUAAUCGUAGUGUAGAAUAAUAGUAUAUUUGGAAAACAUUUUUAAAAAGAGGUCAUGCAAGGGAAGCGUAUUGUUUCCAGCCACCAAAUCUAAUCCUCACUCAAAAUCCUAUUGACCUAUUACUGAGAGUAAAAUCUAGACAUAGGGCUUGAAAGUACACAAAAUAACAUUUUAGAGUGCUUGUGGUGUUUAUGGUGUUUUUCUCAUAGCAGUUCAGGACAAAUUAUUCUUUAUCAUUUUAGUAUUUGAUUCUUUUCUUUUCUUUCCUUUUUUAUUUUAUUUUAGUGACAAAGCAGACAUGGUUCCUGGUUAUGACUUUUUAUUGAACUGUGUCUGGCCAGAGAUUUCCCGUGGUUUAGAAGAAAAGUUACCAUCACUCUUUAAUCCAGGAAAUCCAGACAUUUUUCAUCAGGUAAAUCAUGGUCGGAUCUUAAAGGGACACUAUAGUCACCAGAACAACUACAGCUUAUUGAAUUUGUUCUGGUGAGUAGAAUAAUUACAUUCAGGCUUUUUGCUGUAAACACUGUCUUUUUAGAGAAAAUGCUGUGUUUACAUUACAGCCUAAUGAUAACUUCACUGGCCACUCCUCAGAUGGCUGUUAGAGAUCCUUCCUGGGUCAUGGCUGCCUAAAAUGCAUUCAAACAUUCAGUAUGUCCUCCUUCUGUAUGCAGACACUGAACUUUUCUCAUAGAGAUUCAUUGAUUCAAUUCAUCUCUAUGAGGAGAUGCUGAUUGGCCAGGGCUGUGUUUGAAUCAUGCUGGCUCUGCCUCUUUGUCAGUCUCAGCCAAUCCUAUGGGGAAGCACUGUAAUUAGAUCAGGCUACCACUUCUGAUGAUGCCAGCAGACUGCUUGUUUUUCUGAGUCUAACAGCAUGCAGAGUUACAGCUUCAGGCUUGAAUACAGUAAGAUUUUUACUAUAUUUAUGGAGGCAUGAGGUGCCCAGGGGGGCUAUAUGGUGGUUUUAACACUAUAGGGUCAGGAAUAAAUUUUUGUGUUCCUGACCCUAUAGUGAUCCUUUAAUACAUUUUCUUUUCAUUUGUAGGGAAUUUGGCUUAGUCACUAAAAGUGAUAAUUGCUGUGAUUUGAAAGUAAAGUCAAAGUGAAUUUAAACAUUCUGACCAAAAUAGCUGGUCUAGAAAAAUAUCCCAAGUCUGUUUUGUCUUCAGUUUGGCUAUUUUACCUUAUAUUUGAAAUUCACUCUGAAUUUAUGUAAAUUCUCACUACAUAAGCCCAAGGUCCAAAUUAAACUUUUUUUUUUUUUUUUUUAUAUAAAUUCUUUAUUUUUUGGUUUUCAGCAUGUGGUUCGGCAAGAUCAUGGGUUACAGAAAAAAGAAAGGGAAGUGGGUACACAUUGAGGAAAAUACAUUUUCAUUGGUAUCAAAAAUGAAAGGCGUAACUCUUGACUGUACAGCAGAUUACUUUGGCGCAGGUGGUUCAGACCUCGAGGUAUGUCAAUGGUGGAGCCAGGUAUAAAAGCAGUGGCGUACAUACCAGGGUCGCAGGGGUCGCGGCUGCGACCGGGCCCGGCCCACCAGGGGGCCCGGCCGCCCCUGCGACCCGGUAUGUAGCCACAGGGCCAGCCUCAGGCCCCCCGAGGCUGGCCCUGCUGACCCCAGCGGGCAGGUGGCUGGUCGGGCAGGCCGGCGCGCGAGGGAGCACUCGGUGCUUCCUCUUCAGCUCCCUCGCGCACCGCACUGAUGCCGGAGCCGGAAGAUGACGUCAUCUUCCGGCGCUGGCAUCCCUACGCGGCGCGCGAGGGAGCUGAAGAGGGAGCACACAGGGGAAAGUGCUCCCUCGCGCGCCGGCCGGCCGGCCAGGCAGCCCGCCCAUCCAGUGACCAGGAGCCCAGCAGCACCACUGGACCCCAGGGAAUCCCCCCAGCACUCCAAAAGGUAAGGAGGCUGGGGGGAUUACAUUUGAAAAAAUAAAUAAAACGUGUUAGUGUUAGAGUGUGUGUGUGUUAGUGUGUGUGUGUGUUAGAGGGUAUGUGUGUGUGUUAGUGUGUGUUAGAGUGUAUGUGUGUGUUAGUGUGUGUUAGUGUAUGUGUGUGUUAGAGUGUAUGUGUGUGUGUUAGUGUAUGUGUGUGUGUUAGUGUGUGUGUGUGUUAGUGUGUGUGUGUGUGUUAGUGUGUGUGUGUGUUAGUGUAUGUGUGUGUGUGUUAGUGUAUGUGUGUGUGUUAGUGUGUGUGUUAGUGUAUGUGUGUGUUAGUGUAUGUGUGUGUUAGUGUAUGUGUGUUAGUGUAUGUGUGUUACUGUGUGUGUUAGUGUAUGUGUGUGUGUGUGUUAGUGUGUCAGUGUUUGUGUUAGUGCGUGUGUUAGUGUGUGUGUCAGUGAAUGUGUCUGUUAUUGUGUGUGUGUCUGCUAGUGAGUGUGUUACUGUGUGUGUCUGUUACUGUGUGUUUGAUGUCUGUUAGAGAGUGUGUGUUUGUCAGUGAAAGUAUAUGUUUUGUAAGUGAGUGUGUAUGUAUGUCUGUCGCUGAGUGUGUCUCUGUCAGUAAAUGUGUGUGUCUGUUAGCUAGUGUGUAUGCGUCUGUUCGUGAGAGUGUGUGUGUGUGUCUUCAGCAUUUACCUUUCUCCAGCGUCGGACUCCCCAGUGUCCGCCACUCAGCUCCGAAAUGCACAUGCGCGGCAAGAGGAGCGCGCGCAUUUAAACCGCCCAUAGGAAAGCAUUAAUCAAUGCUUUCCUAUGGACGUUCAGUGUCUUCUCACUGUGAUUUUCACAGUGAGAAUCAUGGAAGCUCCUCUAGCAGCUGUCAAUGAGACAGCCACCAGAGGCUGGAUUAACCCUCAGUGAAACAUAGCAGUUUCUCUGAAACUGCUAUGUUUUCAGCUGCAGGGUUAAAACUAGAGGGACCUGGCACCCAGACCACUUCAUUGAGCUGAUGUGAUCUGCGUGUCUGUAGUGGUCCUUUAAGUGUGUGUGUGCAUACCUCGGUCGCGGGGUCGCAGCCCUGCGACCGGGUGCCCGCCACCAUGUGUUGCAACCCCGACCCGCGAGCAAUUUUUGCACCGGGGCCCCAUGGGUCAUGUGUACGCCACUGUAUAAAAGGGUGCAUUUGAGUGUACUAAGAGACAAUGUAGCUGCCGUAAUACCUUUAACGUAUAGGAAUGAGUAAAAUGAGUCGGGUUGGGGGUACAUAGGAAAGGGGAGGGGGAAUAUGCAUUUCUUCCUUGGGUAGGGGGAUGAGCAAGCCUAGAGGGGGUAGUGAUAUGUUGCAGGUAAAUUUUGUGGUACUUUUAUUGCAUGGUGGGUUUAUUGGCCCCCAUGGUGACACCUCCGAAAGGGCAGUUAGAGGCCCAAGCUUGUAUAGGCUGGUUACCCAUGGGGGUCAGUUCUGCAGUUCAGUAGCCUUAUCCCGAAAUGGGUGACGGGUAUAAAGGUAGAGUCGGAUUGGGGGGUAAUGGUGUGUGGGGAAUAAGGAAUGGAGAGAGAGAGAGGCCUCCCCUGUGUCGUGCACCUCCCUCUCAGAGAGUGUUUGGACAAGUUUCUUCAAUUAUUACGAAUCUUCCUUUUGAGUUUUCAACAAAACUGCGUGUACAGCUGUAAUGGGUUGUAUGAGCCCUGUGCUACCUUCGAUCAAUGCAUAUGCCCCAUGGUGAGGGAGUGUGUCUGGACGUUACAGCGGGUCAGGUAAACACACAUGCGAGGUACUGUACAGUCGUGUAAUCAUACAUUUUGGAAUGUACCUAGAUUCUGUUACGUGGUCUCUACACAUUGAAUUGCAUCCUAUAUGUUAUAGCCGGCUUGGGUUUCGAUGGUUACGAGCUUCCCAAUUCCCUGGUGGUAUGGGGUGGGUUGUGUAGGUUUCUACCUUAUAACUUCUGGAAAAGUUAGUCUGCCUUCGGCAGGUUAUGUGUGUCGGUACUGUCCCUUUGUGGGCGGCUAUGUUGUCCGUCCGUUCGCCUGGUGUUCGAGGUUUCUGCUCGUGUUUCUGAGUUGCAUUUGGGGACUGGCCGUGUUUGUAUUGGGGUCGGCAUGGUAGUGCUCUGUCUAUGUCUGGGGGCUUUUUGAUUAGUUUUGAGGUAGGCGGGGUGGACCUUUGGGUGCUCGAUGUUUGUGUGGGUAGCAUAUAACCUUUAGGGGUCCGGUUGUUUUUGUUUUCUGGUGCUGGCAUGGCGCUUGAGCUUUGUAGUGCUAUUAUUUGUGGGUUUUGUGGAUGUCUGUCGUCUUCGAGGUAGGGAGGGUAUGUGUGGAGGAUAAAUACAAACAAAGAAAAGGUGUGUAAAUGGUGCUAUAGAUAUAAUAGUAAAAUAUAUCCCAGUGCGUCUCAAACCACACAAGUGUUAUAUCACCUCAAACACUUACAUUAAAUAUGGAUAAACUAGAGAGAGGUUGGCGCACACAAUGGAUAGUUUUGCAACAAUCUGUAAAAAUUAUAACAGAACCUUCAUAUAUUCAAAUAUACGUAUAACUGGAAAAACUCACAAUUUGGAGAGUCAUAUAAGUCGGCUCUCUACUGAAAUAGCAGGUAAGUGAUUCCAAAAUGACAAAUAGCCGCAGUAGUGAUGGUCCCCCAGGAAAAAGGAAGCUUCAACUCCACCGGGACCAUCACCACUGCGGCUAUUUGUCAUUUUGGAAUCACUUACCUGCUAUUUCAGUAGAGAGCCGACUUAUAUAGCUCUCCAAAUUGUGAGUUUUUCCAGUUAUACGUAUAUUUAAAUAUUUUCUUAUAUAUGUUGCCCUAUGAAGGUUCUGUUAUAUCUUUUACAGAUUGUUGCAAAACUAUCUAUUGUGUGCACCAACCUCUCUCUAUUUUAUCUAUGUGUCGAGGAUGCCCGGGCCUGAGGGUAGGGCUGUGGACUGGUGACGGUACCUAGCAUAGGUGUCUUUUAGUAUUGUUUCCUUAUAAGGGAAUUUUGUGUGGGGUGCCAGCGCUGCGGUCCCAUCCAGGGCCCGGGCCUUUAGUCCGGGGUAGGGAACUCGAUCAGCCAGGAGUCCCAUAUUUUGUCACAGUGUUUUGUCGUGUCAUGUAAAAGGGCUGAGAGGCUAUCCAUUUUUCUAGUUUCUUCUAUUUUCUUUUUGAUGUCUCUUAUGGUUGGGAUAGUUGCCGCUUUCCAGUGUGUUGCUAUGGCUCUUCUGGUGGCUAGUGCUAUUUUUGCUAGAAGUUUAUUUUGUGCUCGAGCUAUGUUUUUGGUGGGUUUGGAUAGUAACCAUGUCCAGGGGUCUUUUCCUAUGUUUGUGUGUAAGAUUGUGGAGGCUAGGUGUGUGAUUUCUGUCCAUAUUUGGGCUAUUUGUUGGCAUUCCCACCAUUGGUGGAAGCAUGUUCCUUGUUGGCCGCAACCCUUCCAACAGAGACCACUUGUGGAUAUCAUUUGUUCCAGCUUUAGGGGGAUGAGGUACCACCUCAUGAGUGUCUUGUACGCCUGUUCUUUAUGGUUGACGCAGAUUGUGAAUGUUGCAGUGGCUUCACAAAUGUCCCCCCAGUCUGUUGGGUGUUCGGUUGGUCCCAGGUCUCUUUCCCAGGCUGAGACAUAUGUUGGUGUCGUGUCCGGUGUAGUGCGGACUAGGAGGGAGUAGAUUGGUGAUAUCUGUCCUUUGUGUACUGGGUUUUGCAUGCAUGAUUUUUUCAAAUGUUGUGAGUGUGGUUUGUCCUGCGACUUUGUAGCUGGUCGUAUCCUAAGUUUCUAAUUUGUAGCGGAAGUAGUCAUGGGUGAUGAGUAGUGUGUUGCGCGGUAGUUCUGUGAAUGAGAUUAGUUGAUGGUUUUGGUAAUACUGGUAUGUUUGUAUCAGGUCGUUGUCUUCAUAAUGUGUGAAGUUGCGGGGGUCCAUUCCCGGUGCGAAAUUUUCAUUUCUCAGUAUUGGGGUUAGGGGUGAAGGAUGCGUUGUGAGUGAAUGUUUAAGUGCGAGUUUAUCCCAUAUUUUGAUGGAAUUCGUGAGAGCUGGGGGUUGUCUGUGGGAUUCUGAGUCUGCCUUUUGUCAUGUCUCUAAUGUUCGAAGAUCCGUGAGGGUUUGUGCUAGAGCAGCUAGCCGCUCCUUUUUAUGUUUGGAGGCUAUGCUAAUGAGUUUUCCCCUUAGGACUGUUUUGUGUACCGCCCAUAGCGUGCUCUCCGAAGAGACUGUGUUUUUAUUAAGGGUAAAGUAUUCACUUAUUUCUUUGUGUAUUGAUUCUUUCAGAAGAGGGUUGUGUAGCAGUGUGGGGUUAAGACGCCAGGACCAGGGAUGGGCAAUGUUGGGGAUUGAUAUUUCCAGCGUGGUCUUCGCGUGGUCUGACCACGAUAUGGAGCCAAUGGUGGCCCAUUUUACCAUGGGUAACAGUGAGGGGGUUUUGAGGAAGAGAUCCAUCCUGGAGUACGGGUUAUGUGGGUUGGAGUAGAACGUGUAGUCCCUGGUGGCAGGGUUGCGUUACCUCCAGACAUCUGCUAGUGGGAGUUGUGUUGCUAAUGUGGCAAGCAGUUUGUCUGCUUUUGUUGUGGGUGGUCGGUGGUGUGGGUUGGUGCGUGUGCGAUGCCUAUCUAGUGCUGGGGACAUGGUGGCGUUGAAGUCUACCCCAAGUAUUUUAUAGUGGUAUUUUUAAGGUGAGCUUGCAGCCAUUCCCAGAAUUGUUUGUCUGGGGGCAUAAAGUGAGGUGAUGGCGUAGUUGUUGUUGUUCCCUGCUUGGCCGGAGAUCAUGAUGAACCUCCCCUGGGGGUCUUUAACUACCUGUUUGACGUGUAUUGGGCACGUCUUGCGCACUAGGAUGGCGACCCCAUUUUGUUUGCCUAGGGGUGAGUUGGCUGUGUGACUUUCCUUAUAGUGUCAGUUCAGGAGGGGGAAAGGUUUUGCUUGGGUGAAAUGGGUUUCCUGCAGAAGUAUCAGGUCUGCUCCUCUUCUGCUGGCCGAUCUCAUUAGUUGGUGUCUCUUGGAGGGGUUGUUGAGUCCUUUACAGUUUAUGGAAUAUGCAGGUUACUGUGGCUGUCAUCCUGGCUGGUCAGGGGUGUGAGGGGGUGACCUUUUCCUUCGUUCCUCAGACGCGGCCGAGGCAGCUGGCUCACCCUUUAUGGGGUUUCUGUAUGGGGAAGGAGAGAGUGUGGGUGGAAAUGGGGAUUAGUAGGUGUGGGGGUAGGGUUCGGUCCCUAGGCCUGGGUGCGGGGGGGUUGGGUAUAGGUAAGCGGACUCCUCAGCUUAUUCCUGAGAUGCCAGGGCGUGUGGGGUCGGAAGAAGAGAGAGCCCGGGGGGUGGUUUGCCGGGUGGCCCCAUGCCGUUCUGUCUCGCGGAUCCGACUUCCACGUUGUGAGUGGAGUUGUGUCUGUGGGGUUUAGAGGGUGGUCCUCUGUGUUCCCCCUGAGUAUGUUGGGUUUUACCUUCGGUUCCAAGUGGAUUCAUUUGUUGGCAUAUGUUGGCAUACCAGGCGAAAGGAGGUAUCCCUCUGAGGUGUUCCGGUCCCCAUUGGUUGUGAGCAGCUUUGUCUAACCAGGGAGUACGGUGUGUUUGGUACUAGGUUGACGCAGUGGUGUGUUGACCGUCUACGUGUGAGCAGUCUGAUCGCCUAAUUUAUUGGAUGCUUCAAUAUCCGAGCAGUACUUUAGCUAAUCAUGAGGAGGAGACAGCGCGGACCGUGCACUCUAGGCCUGAUAGAUCUAUGAUUCCGUGUGCUUGCAGAUCAAUGUUCACUCCGGCUUUGUGUGAACUGUGUCCUCUUCUUUUUUUUUAUGCAGAUUUUAAUGCAAAUUGACACUUUUUUGCAACAGCCCCUCACCUUCACCUUUCUAAGGCAAGUAAUAUUAUAUUGUGGUUGUUUAACUUGGUUGUACCGUUCUACUAUAUCUAUUAUAACUCAUUUUUGGGUGUUAAAUUCUACUCUUUUCUGAUAUUUUAAGAAUACAUAUAGUGCUGCUAUCUAUAAUAACAAUAUGUGUGAUCUUUAUCUUUUUUAAAUCUCAAUUCUAGAAAUAUACCAUAAGCAUGGACUUUGUGAGAAAAUUUGAGCGCCAAUGCGGGUCUCAGGCUAGUGUGAAGAGAUUACGUGCGCAUCCCUCUUACCACAGCUUUAACAACAAGUGGAAUUUGCCCGUUUAUUUCCAGAUAAGGUAAACAUGUGACUUGGCAGAUUAUUCCUGCAAAAUGUUCAGGUCAAAAACCUAUGCAAGGGUUAUAUCUGCACACAAUUUGUUUGACGUAAAGCAAACAUGAUGAAUCAUCUGUUUUCUGCAAUUGGUUUCUAUACAAAUUGCAGUCUUACUUCUUGUUUAGAAAAGUUAGAGGAUGACAUAUAAUUACAACUUAAACAUGCAACAGGCAAAUGUCUUGCAAAUGUCUUGAAUUUUCCACUGCACUGACCCAUGCUGAAAAAGCAGUAGAGGGCAUAUUAUUUAAAAAUAUUAAUGAUGAAAUGGGAGUGCAGUCCUCAUGGGAUGUUGCUGUUUUGUUUUUUAUUUUAUAUAUAUAGUUUUUUUUUUCUUUUUCUUUAACCUAGGUUUAAAGAAAUAGCUGGAAGUCUAGAGUCUGCAUUGUCUGCUGGGCUAGAAGAUGCACCUGGUAAGCAGUGUUUGGAUAUGUGAUGUAUUUCUAAACAUAUGAAAUAAAUGAAAGGAAACUGUGUUAAAGUAACAAUAUAGCGUUAAGAAUACAAAACUGUAUUCCUAGCACUAUAGUGUCCCUCUGCCUCCACGAUGCACCCAUCCCUCCAAAAGGGUUAAAAACGCUUUCUUUCACUUCCCUCCUCUCUCAACUUCACGAAGAUCUGGAAAACAAAUGCACAUGCACAGCGAGUGCUGCGUGCGCAUUAGUGUUUCCCUAUAGGAAAGUAAUGAAUAGUUUCUUAAAAUCUUUUUACAUUUCAGGGUAAACGGGACAGGGACACUGCACCCAGAACACUUCAAUGUGAUGACGUAGUCUGGGUGCCUAUAGAGUCCCUUUAAUAGUAACUGUGAGAAGCCAGCAGGUGUUGAAUGACCAUCUUCCUCAGCAGCUGAGCUCCUCGCUUUAUACUUCUACCUAGAUUGUAUUAGUUAAAUUAAUGUUUAUUUUGCCUUCAGUCCUGAAAGUUGUAUUUCUUCCCAUGAACACCUGGCCAGGAGGCAAAUUCAGGUUUAUCAUCGCUCAACACAUGCAAAUAUAUGUUUGUACUACUAGCUUUGUAGUUGUAUCAACAGGUGUGAAUUGUGUUGUUUUAGUGUGUGUGUCAGUCCUGUGCAAUAAUCCUUCUCCCCUACUGUCUUGCAGCGGGAAGCAAAUAUUGCCUUCGGGCUUCACAUGUACUAUCGAAAUGCCUGACAGAAUGCUGGUCCGAUCAUAUCUUCAUACCUUUACUUGCACAUCGUUUUUGGAAACUAACAUUACAAAUGUUCUCCCGUUACUCUCUCUUUAUUAAUGAGGUAUGGUAUAUCUGUCUAUAUUUAGCUGGUGUAUGUAGUAUUUUGCUGCACUGUCUGCAAAAAUUGUCUAUAAAGCAAUUAAUGGAAAGAUUGCCUAAUUGCUGUUACACUAUAUGUUCUAAACACUGGCGGAACUACCAGCAUUUUGGUGCGGCCCCGACCGCACGGUAAAACCGCCGGGCCGCAUUGAAGGAGCCCAUCAGGUGGCCCCGAUGAUAAUGGAUUUCCUGGGGGCAGUCAGCACUGCGGCGCUUUAAGAGCGCGACCGGGCCCCAGUGAUGAUGUCAGAGAUGGGAGGAAGUCACUUCCUCCCAGCCAACAGAGCGCCUCACAGGAGAAGAGGAGGGAGUCAGUCAGAUAUCUGUGGUUAUGUGUGCAUAUGUAUAUACUUGCAUAUGUGUUUAGUAGAUAGCUCCCUAAUCUGCUAUCCUUAAAUAUGGCAAUUCCACAUAAGGAUAACAAAUAAGGGAUUUAUCUACUAAACAACUGAAAUAAGUAAAAUUGUAUUACUUCUAUACAUUAACUGUAUUAUAAAUUUGAAAUGUGGCCUAAGACAAUUCCUCUGUGCCCAGUACGGCCCAGGGAAGCUAAAAGGUUGGACACCCAUGGUUUAGUCAAUCAUGUAAAUUGCUGAGAAAUAACAGAUCCACUUUAAGACAGAAAUGUCUAAAAUAUAUGUAAUGUUUAUCAAUUGUUUUAUAAUAUGAUGUGAUAUUGUCUUGUAUUCUAACGGUUCUUUCCCAGUCAUCUUUGGUUUUAAUUUACUAUUUUAGCUGGCAUCUCGAGUGACUUCAGAAAGAGUUAUAAAUGAGAAUAAAAAUCCACUAUUGCCCAGUAAUAGAGACUCAGCCCCUUCACCUGCCACCAGUGAGGACCAAACAAGUGGAACUUCUCCAGAGGCGCAGUCAUCUGUUAUUACCACUCGCCGGCUAAUGCUUAUUGUAGCUGAUGUUGAAAAACUAAAGGAUGAGGUAGGCCAUUAUUUCACAUCAGGACAGUCUUUUUAUGCUGUAUUCAUACUUUGGAUCUUUCUAUUGUGUUGCGCUUGUGUGUAUAUAAAUAUAGAAUGGUUUGCAUUUAUUAUAGUAUAAUAGUUAAUACACAUUGAUACACAAUUUUAAAAGAAUGAUAGGUGCACAAUAAGGAUGAAUAGAUGGAUAGACAGGCAGGCAGACAGCUGGAUAUGAAUCUCAGUAUAUGAUAUUGAAGGGACACUAUAUGCACUCAGGAACGGCAAGGUACCAUUGCAGGGUUAAAAUGCCGCUAGAGGUUCUCACUUCAUGGUCUUUGAGACCUCUAAGUUGUGUGAGAGGGGAUCUUGUGUGUUUUGCUUGUUAUGUAUGGACGAGAGUAUGUUUGUGUGGGCCAUUGUGCAUGUCUCUUUGUGAUUUAUUUGUUGUGUCACUGAAGUGGUAGAGGUUAACACAGUAAAGGAGUUUAAGCAUGCGUGGGAUAGGCAUAAGGCUAUCCUAACUAUAAGAUAAGGCUAGGGACUAAUGAAAGUAUUUAGAAAAUUGGGCAGACUAGAUGGGCCGAAUGGUUCUUAUCUGCCGUCACAUUCUAUGUUUCUAUGUUUCUAUGUUUCUAUGUGUCUUUUUUGUUUGUUUUUAUUGGUGGUUGGGAGUUGAAUUAUAAAUGUUACUGUGUAGCUGAGAGUUCACUAGGUUUUGUUUGUGUCUGGGGGUAUUUUUUUAUUUUACUAUGUGAUUUGCGAAUGGGUCUCUCUAUUUUUCUCUUAAGUUUGUUUGGCAUAUCUACUUUUCAAAUAGUUUUUAUUGAAAGGUGUAACAUUUUACAAUAAAAUGAACAAUAUGAGAUAAGUAAAAUAUUGAUACAACAAAUAUAUGUAUAUGUUUGGCACAUGUACUUAGUGGUGGAGAAUGGAUCUGGAUGUUUUACUGUGGCUGAGUUUACAUUUAUAUUUCCUGCUGUCACUAAUGGCAGUAUACCAUUUAUUAAGGGAUAUAUAAUUUAUAUCUGUUCUAACAUGGUGGAGAAUGUAGUUAAAAUGUAUCUUAAUGCUGAUGUGGUCAUCAUUAGGGAAUUAUAAUAUGGAAUAAUUUUAUUUAUAUUUUAUUCUAUAGUUACCAGAACUAACAGAAGUAAUUAAACAGAAGCUUGAUCAGAUUGGUUUUAAGGACUUCUCCAUAGUAAAAGGUAGGAAUAUUCCCAUACUUAUGUCUUAAAACAACAUAAAAUACAAAUGGAAUAAUGGUUUGUAUGUGUCUUGUUCUGCAUGUCAUGCUUUGAUAUGUUUAUAUUUACAGGUAGGUUACAGUUAAUGCUGGCCUAAUAAAGAUACUAUAAAAAGUGAUUUAGCUUGAGUGUAUCUCAAUUACACAUGGGAUUGGUCAACAUAUCCAAAACCUCGGUUGUUGGAAUGGAGAUCCCUGCAAUAGUAUUGCCUGUUUCAGAAAAACAUUAGAUAUGUAAAACGAUUUCUCUCUCAGUUUACAUUAAGAACUCUUAAUGCGCUGUUGAUUUGUUACAGAACAGCACCCUUUUAUGAUUUCAUCUAUAGUAUUAACAUCAUUUUUAGAAUUGUAAAUUACUGUAUUUGAUGGAUUUUUUAAAAUUGCUCACCCUGUGGGCAUAAUGUUGUGACAUGCGCAUGUUCAUGCACACCGGUCGAGGAGGAGUGGAAGAUUAAUUGGCAUAUGGCGUUGUUAGAGAACCCCGUUCGAGAGUAGCGUCAACCUUGUACAAGUUUGGUGGUCUUGACGAUCCUGUCCCGAACAAAUUUGCUACAUUGAUAAGUUCGAUAUGCGAACAAAUGGCAGUACAUAUUGGACAUAAUGCUUGUGGAUGCACGGCAGCAGAGGGGAAGUUUUUGCACAUCUGAAAUUUAAACAGUGCCCCUGUUUAGUCCAAGCUUCAGUGGAAACAGUAACUGUGUUAUAAUUAUAGCGCUUGGGCUGUGUAGUAACCCUUCUUUGGCCUGUCCUUCAAACUGUGCGUAAACUGCUUGAAGGAAAUGGCAAUCUGUGGCAUGUCUACUCAUAGGGGAUAUUGGUAAUUACUGUAGCUUUUGUUUAGUUUUGAUACCAUGAAUUCACAGAUAGAAGCCUGUAUCCUGAGUUGAUAUGUAGCUUCAUAUACCUAUAUGUUGUUGUUGUGUGAAAACAGACCAUAUAUACAGCUAGAGUGACUAACUUGGCUGUACAUGCUAUCUCAGACAUUGAGGGUGAAGAGGCACUUACUAUCGAUAUUGUCUGCAUAUGUGUCAUUUAAUUAUAGAUAAACAUUCAAAGCAGAGACAAAUAAUAUAUAUUUAUUGGUUGAAGAUGGCACCAAAGAGGAAUAAAAACAGAUACAUUAACUUGUUCUGUUCACGUAAGAGCCAUGGCUUAAGAAAUGGUGGCAAUAGGAGAACAUCUAUUAUAGAGCAGAGAGACCCUAAGCUUCUCUACUCUUCAUAGUCUACAACAGAAAUAGACUAGUCCCAUUAUCAGAUCACACAUGACGUAAUUGUGGUAAUCUCUAUUUUAAAAAAGGAAAGAUUUUGAAGAUAAUACAUCAGAGCAAAGAAGCAAAAUUGCACAAUUCUCAGAAACAUUAGACUCCCAAAGUAAUGUGCUAAAUAUAAUACAAGAAGAUUGAAAAAACUUGCAAGAAACCAACAAUGUCUUGGAAAAUAAAAUUAAAUCAUAGAAACAUAGAAUGUGAUGGCAGAUAAGAACCAUUCGGCCCAUCUAGUCUGCCCAAUAUAGAACCAUUCGGCCCAUCUAGUCUGCCCCAAUAUAGGGUAUAGUGGCACAAAAGGUAAGGGUAGGGGUAGAAAAGUAGGCUGCUAGAAAAGUAUUCACUGAGGGCUAAGUAGGUGGUUAUUAUUAUUUUUUUUACAGUGGCAGUAGAUGAAUCAAUAGCAAUUUGCUUUCCACACACUUAAAUUUCUCGCAGCAGCUGCGAGAUUGGUUACAAGAGAAUAUCUUUUGCAGCUAUGGAAUGUACAGUUGCAAGAAAAAGUAUGUGAACCCUUUGGAAUGAUAUGCAUUUCUGCACAAAUUGGUCAUAAAAUGUGAUUUGAUCAUCAUCUAAGUCACAACAAUAGACAAUCACAGUCUGCUUAAACUAAUAACACACAAAUAAUGAAAUGUUGCCAUGUUUUUAUUGAACAUACCAUGUAAACAUUCACAGUGCAGGUGGAAAAAGGAUGGGAACCCCUAGACUAAUGACAUCUCCAAGAACUAAUGGGAGUGAGAUGUCAGCCAACUGGAGUCCAAUCAAUGAGAUGAGAUUGGAGGUGUUGGUUACAGCUGCCCUAUAAAAAACACACACCAAUUCUGGGUUUGCUUUUCACAAGAAGCAUUGCCUGGUGUGAAUGAUGCCUCGCACAAAAGAGCUCUCAGAAGACCUACAAUUAAGAAUUGUUGACUUGCAUAAAGCUGGAAAGGGUUAUAAAAGUAUCUCCAAAAGCCUUGCUGUUCAUCAGUCCACAGUAAGACAAAUUGUCUAUAAAUGGAGAAAGUUCAGCACUGCUGCUACUCUCCCUAGGAGUGGCCGUCCUGUGAAGAUGACUGCAAGAGCACAGCGCAGACUGCUCAAUGAGGUGAAGAAGAAUCCUACAGUGUCAGCUAAAGACUUACAAAAGUCACUGGCAAAUGCUAACAUCCCUGUUAGCGAAUCUACAAUACUUAAAACAAUAAACAAGAAUGGAUUUCAUGGGAGGAAACCACAGAGGAAGCCACUGCUGUCCAAACAAUACAUUGCUGCACGUUUACAGUUUGCACAAUAGCACCUGGAUGUUCCACAGCAGUACUGGCAAAAUAUUCUGUGGACAGAUGAAACCAAAGUUGAGUUGUUUGGAAGAAACACACAACACUAUGUGUGGUGAAAAAAAGGCACAACACACCAACAUCAAAACCUCAUCCCAACUGUGAAGUAUGGUGGUGGGGCAUCAUGGUUUGGGGCUGCUUUGCUGUGUCAGGGCCUGGACGGAUUGCUAUCAUCAAAGGAAAAAUUAAUUCCCAAGUUUAUCAAGACAUUUUGCAGGAGAACUUAAGGCCAUCUGUCUACCAGCUGAAGCUCAACAGAAGAUGGGUGUUGCAACAGGACAAUGACCUAAAGCAUAGAAGUAAAUCAACAACAGAAUGGCUUAAACAGAAGAAAAUACGCCUUCUGAAGUGGCCCAGUCAAGAGUCCUGACCUCAACCCGAUUGAGAUGCUGUGGCAUGACCUCAAGAAAGCGAUUCACACCAGACAUCCCAAGAAUAUUGCUGAACUGAAACAGUUCUGUAAAGAGGAAUGGUCAAGAAUUACUCCUGACCGUUGUGCAAGUCUGAAGUUAUUGCUGCCAAAGGAGGUUCAACCAGUUAUUAAAUCCGAGGGUUCACAUACUUUUUCCACCUGCACUGUGAAUGUUUACAUGGUGUGUUCAAUAAAAACAUGGCAACAUUUCAUUCUUUGUGUGUUAUUAGUUUAAGCAGACUGUGACUGUCUAUUGUUGUGACUUAGAUGAUGAUCAGAUCACAUUUUAUGACAAAUUUGUGCAGAAAUCCAUAUCAUUCCAAAGGGUUCACAAACUUUUUGUGAACUGUAUGUGAAGUAUGAGGUUUUUUUUUGUUUUGUUUUUCUGUUUGUGUGCUGAUGAAUAUGGGACAUUCUAAUAGCAUUAGAGGGUUGAGGAAAUCUUCAGUAAUGAUGUCACUUAAAAUUGCUUCUUCCAGUGUCCAGGGUUUGAGUUCCCCACAAAAAAAGAGGCUGGCCAUACAAUUCAUUAAUGGAAAAUGGGAUUGAUAUAGGAUUUGUACAAACUGGAUAGUUCCAGAUAAAAAAAACUCCAAUAAGAUAUGUUAUUUUACAUUCGUUUAAAAAAAAAAAAAAGUAGUCACCAUCAUAGUGUUGAAUAAGGUUAAACUUUGAACACCUUUAUUAUAAAAGCAACGCAAAAGGCAGGUUUUUAAUAUCUGGUACCCAAAAUUAAUGGUAUAACAUUUGUGAAUUUCUAUACUCUGAACCAAGCCCCUAUAAAGUUUAAUUCAGUACAGUAACUCAUUGGAUAAUGGAUAAUUCCUUGAGAAGAUCAUGGUUAUCAGCAAAAAUCAGCAUGGUUUUAUGAAGCAUAGGUCAUGUCAAACUAACUUGUAUUGUUUAGCAGUGUAAUCUCAAGUAGACUGGGACAUGUAUGUAUUGGGCUGCCAAAUAAUAAGGCCCCUAUAAUGCAUGGUAGUGAUGGGGAUUCUAAAACAUGAUGAUCUGGUUAAAAUAAUGGGCAGAUCAUGUAGAGGAAAUAAAAGAAAAAGCAUCUAUAUGUUGAUUGUUUUUGUAAAUUAAAUACCUAUAAUUUUAUUUUAUUUUUUCGUCUUGAAUUUGAAUUCUCUAGGAGCCUUGGAAGACACUUGCAAUGCAUUAUCCACACCUCUGUUGGCAGUAAAUAACAAAAUUACACUUGACCUUAGUGAGUCUUGCAUUGUAUAUUUAAAAGGUGCUCUGGAAAUCCCCAGGCUUUACAGGAGGACAAAUAAGGUUAGUAAUACUUUUAAUGCAAAUUAAAUGUAAUAUUUAAUUUUUAUAUAUUAGUGAGUAAGAGUUAUUUGUUUUGCUGUUUUAAACCAUGACACUGAGGAAAAUUGCCUCCAUACCAAAGUUCACAAGUGUGCAAGUAGCAAGGUAUUGUGGUUUUACACCGAGCCAAUACUUACUCACUUAAAGAAGAGAAUCAAUGGCGUAUUGAAGAAAAUGAUCAACACUGUAUAAUAAGCAUUCAGUUUAGAAGUAUAAAAGUUGCAAGUAAACCAGUAUGUUUGUCACAAUACAAUACAAUAUGUGUAACUCAAUAGAUAGAUGGAAAAAAGGGGAGGGGCUAUAAGAAGAGGUUUGGUAGAAAGUGAAGAUGAGAUUGGGAAGUACCAGUCAUAUCAAUGUUCAGGUGACCAUGGGCUCCACUUUGUUGGCAACUUUGACUAUACCCAUAGCAAUGCUUGAAAGAGCCACUGAGGCCAAAAUGUUGUGUAUGACAGCAUGCACCCCAAGGAACCAUGCAUACGCUUCUCCAUGGCUCAGUUCCAGCUAACCACAAUUAUCUACAAGAACCGAAAGGAUGGAGGAUCUGCUUUUUGCCAGAAUUACAGACAUCAGGGGUUUCACCACGUUCAGUAUACCAAUGGUCACUGACCUCAUAUAGAGAAGUAGCCAGUGUGGUGUGGUAGAGCAAAGAAGGAGCUGGUGUGAAGGGGGCUGUUAUCGGUAAAGCUCUUAAUGACUGCAUGGAUCCUCCUCUAAAAAGGUACUAUCUUUUGACAUUCCCACCACACACAAUGGUAUGUUCCAAAUUUGUUCUGACACCUCCAACAUUUAACAUCGCAAAAAGGGUCAAUAACCUGUGGAGUUCUGUACCAAAAUUGUUUUCAAAUAAGCAGAUUCCUGUGUUUUGCUAGCAACAGCGCAGACAUAUCAAGUUGCAUACUUUUUGCCAUUGCUGUUCAGAUAAAGUAGUGAUUAAAGUUACCUCCCACAUUAAUGCAAUGCAUUAGAGCGUGUAGAUACUGAACUUAGGUAAGCAUCACUUCAAGUGGCCAUCUGAGUGACUCACUAGAUGUAAGCACUGCCUUGUCUCUGAAAAGCCUGGUUUUAGACAUCAGAACCACUGCAUGAAGCUGUAGUGUUUCUGGUGACUAUAGUGUCCCUUUAAAAUGUUUUUUUUUUUUUUCAUUGAAAUUGUAUCUGUUAGUUACAAAAAAAAAAAAUACAGGCUCCUAACUUUGUUAGCUGGCUCCUAGAUUCCGUGCAAUUUUGUGAAACCCUGCAUUAGUGAGUGCGUGAAACAGAUGUGCAUGCCUAACAUUAGGCAGUGGCUGUGGAAGCAAAGUCAUAAGGGCUCCCAUGUCUAGAGAUUUGGGCAGAGAAAGUGCUGUAAAUUUCUGGAGUGGCUUCUUUUUGAAUGAUUAGCGCUGUUUUGCCAUUUUUCCUAUUGGGUUCAUUCCAGGGCCGUCUUUAAUGUUGACUGGACCCUGGGCAAGCAUUAGCUUGGGCCCCCUGGUCCCCUCCCGCCCACCUUCUAGCAUGCAAACACGCCUUCCACCCAAAGACACACAAAAAUAAAAAAAACACAUAGAUCGUAGACAUAGUCACACUUUUACCUAGUGAAAAUACACACACAGAUACACAUACAGAUGCAAACACUAACACAAAUGCAGACUCACAUACACAGGCUCAGACAUAUACAGGUACAUACAUCUAAAUACACAGACAUACAAAGACAGAUACACAGACACACAGGUGCAUACACAGAUACACACUAGCACACAUUCAGAUAUACAGAUACUCGCUGACAAACAUGCAGACACACACUAAAACACAGAUAAACAGACAAACACACCCUGACACAUAUGCAGAUACACACAAUAACACGCAGAUACAUACACAGACAUACAUGCAGUUACACAAACACACACUAACACAUACAGACACAUAUUCAGAUACACAGAAACACAUACAGAUACACUGGCAUACAUGCAGGUACACAUACACAAAUACGCAUACAGAGACUCAUACAGGCACAUAGAUACACAUAUAGACUGAUACACACAGACACACAUGCAUAUACACAUAAAGACAGCUAUACACAGAUAUACAUACAGACAGAUAUACACACAGACCCACAUGCAUAUACACAUACAGACAGAUACACACACAAACAGACACAUGCACAGACUGAUACACAUGCAGACAGAUAUAUACACACAAACAGACAUGCAUGAAAAAUAUACAAUUUCAGUCACCCUCCUGUUUCCUACCUUUUGGGUGCAGAAGGGUGACUUACCUGCUGUCCAGUGGCUGUCUGAGGCUGUUGGGAGUUGAGCGCUCUCUUAGUCCGCACUCCUCCUCUCUUCCUCCCUCCCACGCGGCAUUCUCUGUGUUAGCUAGGAGGAAGUGACUGCACUUCCUCCUAGCACUGACCUCUUCACUGGGGGCCCGGUCGCACUGUUAAAGCGCCGCAGUGCUGACCGGGCCCCUGUAAAAAACCGCUAAAUACCAAGUUGUGGUCUUUAAUCCACUUUGUUUAGUGAGUUGUAAUUCACACUUUUCACACACUCAUUAUAAAUGUCAUACUUGAAAACGAGAGAAAUCCCAAUGUAUUCUUCCUGGGAAAAUAUUGUAUAAAUAACUAUAUUUAUUUUUCUGUAAGGCAACAUUUUUCAAAGGUUUACUAAUAAUUCUUAUCGCAGCGUAGAGAUAAGUACCUCAGUAAAAGGUUUCUUUACUAGUCCUGAAUAGUGGAAUAGUAACAUUCAAGUCCACAUCACUUGGGUUACUUUGCGUCUUUGUCAGAUUUGGUGGUUUAAAUGCAAUUAUGCAAAUGUAUUUUCUGUGCUUUCCACACACAUUGUAUUUUCAUGGUAUGUUUCUUGGACAAUUUUAGUAACAGCUGCUGCUAAUGUGUAUAUAUUGACCCACACAUUAGCUUUUCAUUGGAAAACAAUGACUGAGAAGGAUUCUUACAAGAAACUGUACACCAAUAAGGAGUUUUCAAUGUUUUUGUUUGUUGUUUGUUUUUUUACCAGAGAGGGAAUGAGAAGCAGGAGUAUUUGCUGCUCUUGCAUGCAUCUUCUCGUUAUAAAAAGAUAUAUUAUGCCCUUUGGCCAUUUCACAACUUGCUCGAGUGUGGGAAACCAUGAGAUUGAGCUCAUUUACCUUUUUUUCGUUAUUUGUUUCUUCCUUUUUAUUUACAAAAUUCAUGUAUCUGGAAUGAUGAGACAAUCAGGAUGAUGAUGUGAAUUAUCUCAUCGUACAAAAGCAGGAUUUGAUUGGGGAAAGGGAGCAUGGAGUUCUAAAUUAACAAAUCUGUUAGAUCCAGCAUUGACAUCCAAAGGAGCCAUGUGUCUAAUUCAUAUUGUUUCUUCUACUCAUGUGGGUAUUUUGUUGUAUAUUGUGCCUUAUUGGUUUAUGUAUUCUGUUUAAACAUUUACCUUUCUUUUAGGAGGUACCAACAAAAGCUUCCCCAUAUAUAGACAAUGCUGUUAAACCCCUUCAUCAGCUUCAAAAUGAAUACAAAACUCUACUCAGUCAGUCAGUCAGAGAAAAAUGGCUGAAAGGUGCACUUUCUGAAUGUGCACAAAGGUAUGUGAAUGACAGUAUGGUAAUAUGAGGGUCGCGUCUGCUGCAUGUGCCUCCCCUCCCGCGCGGCACUGUCUAUUGAAGCUGGGCGAAAGUGACCAGUUUUCUCUUUCUCCCAGCUCUGCUGGUACUUCAGGGGCCCAGUCACACUCUUAAAAUGCUGCAACGCCUGACUGGGCGCCAGUUCAGCAGUCCCCAUCGGGUGACCAUAAGUGCAUUGGCCACCCACUGGGCCCACUGAGCUUGCAGGUCCCAGUGCCACUGCACUGAUGGUAGUUCUGCCCCUGGCCUGUUGCUAAAUUUAGACUCAAAUAGCCAAGGUAAAUUCACCAUUUAGUGAAUGAUUCCCAUGGUUCUAACUGGAGGGGAAAAAAACACUUGGCCAAGUUAUUUUUAGUCUACAUGAUACUUUAAGCAUAUUUAAUUUGCUCCCUGAAUCUUUUGAUCUGAUUUCAUCUGUUCAGCCAUUAUACUUGUAUAAUUUCCCUUUUGUACCUAGGUAUUUUGACACUGUAUCAGAUGUCCUCAGUUCUGUGAAGAAGAUGGAGGAAAGUCUGAAGAGACUUAAACAAGCUCGUAGAAACACAACAGCAAGUAACGCAUCAAAUGGUGGCGUUGGUGAUGACAACAAAAUAAGACUUCAGCUAGCACUCGAUGUUGAAUAUAUGGGAAAUCAGGUAAUCUGUGAAUUUAUUACACUAUCAGACAAUAUAGGGCAAAUUCAAUUUCAAUCUUUAUUUAGACUGCAUCCCCCAUGAUGCUUAAAUGGACAUUCCACUGCCCAUAUACAAAGUAAUUAAAAUCACUGCUCAUUAGAUAUACCCCAAUGACAACAUGUAGGCAUUUAAUUAUGCAUUUUUUUCAUUGCGUGUAUAUCUAAAAACAUCUUGCAAAAGUUGCAGAUCUCUUGUCUGAAGCCUUUGCAAGCCACCCUCUUCUAACUCAGCUACGAUAUUCUUUGGCUCUCUAAUCACACACACUUCCCUGUGCAGCUCAAAUAGAAGCCUUUGCAAGGAAGCUGGUCUGAGCAAUUGCCUGCAUCUUGAGUUUAGCUCCACUGACCUAAACAACCAGGAAGUAACAUGACAGGUUGUCUGAUUGACAACUGGGUAGGUGUCACUAGGCUGAUUUAUAAAUGUGCCAAUUUCUAUUGAAAUGUGCACUUUUUGCAAAAUUAAGCAUUUUUCACACACACUUUUCACACAUAAAGCACUUGAGCAAGCUGAAGUGCUUCAGGAGUCUGGAGUGUUCCUUUAACUGCCAGUUGGAUGAAGAUACAAAGUUGGUUUCCAAUUGUGUAAAUCCAUAAAAUAAAUUAUCACUAUUCCUUUGUGACACACAUAUAUAUUAUUCAAAAUAAGUGGAAUAUUUAAUAAUGGUUGUUCAUGCCUUUUUCUUUUCUUUUAGAUACAGAACUUGGGUUUGCAGACUGAAGACAUAAAAUGCUUUCCGGGUCUUUUAGAGUUGGUUCAAGCUGCCAAGGAACAGGCAAUAGCAGAACAAGGAUAAUUAUGAUUAUGCUGUAUUAGUGAAUAAUAUAUAUUUUCAUUUGUAAGACUGAAGGGAGUAAAUCAUGUUGUGAUGUGUGUAUAUAUAACUUCUUUUGAUUGCAAGAAACUGUGUUUUUGCAGAAAACCGAGACAUAUGUUGUUCUACCAAAUAAAUGAUUAAAAUAUCCUGUACAUACAAAAUUUACCAAAUGAGUCAGAAUUAUUUGCAUAAGUUUGUUACAAGUUCAAACGUAGGUUUUAGUUGUCCCCAUAGGAGGACAGGUGAACACUGCAGGUUUUUAGGAUAAGUGUACCUGGUGAGUUAAAACACUCAUGACAGCCCUAUUCUUUGCUUAUUAUUUCCCACAUGUAACUGACAUCAGCAAAUUGAUAUAAUGCAACCAAUAUUGUGUCAUUGUGGCACUAUGUAGCUGGACCAAAAAGGGAAACUCUGUAGGCUGGGAAGGAAAGGUAGAGAGCAUAGGUUUGUAGAGUAACUUUGUUUUCUUUUAAAUAAAAAUAUAUACUCUAACUUAACCAAUUUAUUGCACUUAAAAAGAACACUAUAUUGUUAGGAACACAAAACUGUAUUAAUGCUAUAGUGUCCCUCUGCAAUAUUGUGUACUGCUAAUGCCCAUAAUAAAAUCACUGAGCUUGCUCACAUUGCUUGAAAGCAGACUCUAUUAAGUAGACUCUUUCAAGUAGUAGUUAGAAAACCAGGAGUUCAUUAGAGAGUGGUUUGUAUACUGUGGAGAGUGGUUUCUAUUUUAUUUUUGUUUAAUCUGAUUUAUUAGCAAAAUUAAAAGAAAAAAAACGUAAUAAUUUUUUGGUGUUUUAUUUUCCCUCCUUUGUACUUCUGCUUGAUUAAUUGGGGGAGUGUUAUUUAAUUGCCACCUGUGUGGGAUUUGUAUUCCCAUAAAGGCACACCCCUAACUCACUGAGCUUGCCCACUUUGCUUGAAAGCAGACU